GUCGAAAUCAAAACAUAUCGAAUGCAGUGAAAUGUUUUACGUAUUCUGCAGUUAAUUUAUAAGAAAAUAGUUAUAUUUUUAGGUUCAUAAUGAAUAUUCCUCCUAUUCAACAACCAGGAGCUAUUGGGGUAGGACAAAUGACUCAGCCUGUAAAUCCUCAAAUUCCCCAAAAUCCGCAGCAAGCACAACCGCAACAGGUUCAACAGCAACAACAACAGCAACAGCAACAACAAACACAAGAGAAACUUGACAACAUUUCUAAAGUGAAAUCAUUAAUUGGGCCUCUGCGAGAUUCACUAGCUAUAGCUCUUAAAACUGCAGCUCAUACAUUGCAUCAAAAUAGUUUGGUGGAUGUUGGAUCCCUUAAGGGUAUCGAUCAACCUGACCACCGUUUCAAUAAGAAUAUGGAAGAAUUUUAUUCUAUCUGUGAUCAAAUAGAAUUACAUUUAAAGACUUCUAUAGAAUGUUUGUCACAGAAUUCUAGUUCCGCGCGAUAUCUACCAGUAUCUGUUAUACCAACACGCACUGAUACUGUUGGAGCACAAGAGGGACCAGCCUUAACAUAUCCUCAGUUCUUAAUGACAGUGAGGGCACAAGUUGCAUAUGCUCGUGAAGUACAUGAUACUUUAAUAUCUGCAGCACAUACAAUAGCAUCUGGUGAAUAA